AUUCGCGCCGUCGUUGAGUUGCACUUUACGUCCACCUUUCUACGAUUCGCUUCGCGUCAAACUACCCGUGUUGAUAUUUUUAUUUUGAUCUCGAAUAGCUGCAUGAAUUUGUUACAACGCAAUUAGAAUAAUCGCGAUUCAUUCGCGAGGAAGAGCGAGGUGCGUUAGAAGCAAACGUGUGUUAUGGUUUGACUCUCUUCUGGCGUCCGUUCCGCCAGACGAUGGAUAUCCCGACUCCGAGUAGCCUCAACCACAGUGGACUCACGCACAGUACAGACGGGUUCCUGAACAUUCCCAUCGGAUCGUCAGCUCUGGACGCUCUGUCGACGAAACGGAGAAGCUCCUCACGCACGAUAAAACGUAAGAAAUUUGACGAUGAAGUGGUGGAGACAACAUUUAAUCUACAACCGCCUACCACGAGUGCUAAGUCAACAUCAAAAUCACGAAUGAUCUCUGUAACUGCCAGCCCUAUGGAUGUCCUGCCGACGCAAACGCUACCUACUCCGAUACCUAUUCCAACCACCUUGGUGCAAUCAGACAGAUGCAAUCGCAGACCGAGUAGACCGAGCGGUUCGAAUCUUGGACGAAAGAAUAAGAAGAGUAAGAAUCACUCCCAUUCGAUUAAUGCUACCAAAGACCUUGGACGAUGGAAACCUGCUGAUGAUUUAGCGUUGAUUACUGGUGUACAACAGACAAAUGACUUAAGAAUGGUCCAUCGAGGUACAAAAUUUUCCUGUCGCUUUACGCUACAGGAAAUACAGCAAAGAUGGUACGCAUUGUUGUAUGACAGUGCUGUUUCACGCGUAGCUGUGCAAGCCAUGCGUAAUUUGCAUCCUGAACUAAUAGCCAGUGUUCAAGCAAGAACAUUGUAUAGCAAGGCCGAGGAGGAUCUGUUAGGGACUAUUAAAUCGACUUCUCAACCAACAUUGGAAGUAUUUCAAGAAUUACUUGAAGCAAAUGCACAUACGUUUUAUCCAGCUAGGACCGCGAAAGCAUUACACAGUCAUUGGCAGCUGAUGAAACAGUAUCACCUACUUCCAGAUCAAACAGUGCAAAGUUUACCACGUGGUGAACAUGUAUUAAGUUUUUCGGACGCUGAAGAUAUGAUCAACGAUACCGAAUUAAUGGAACCGAAAGAUGAAUUAAUAGACGCUGAAUUGGCAACAGCGGAUAGAAAGAAUAAGAGAGAAAUUAAAGUAUUGGAAAACGAGCUUGGCAGAUGGCAGGUACUUGUUGAUCAAGUAGCAGGCGGCAAUCCUCCGGAAUUUGAUAAUCAAACCUUAGCGAUUCUAAGGGGAAGGCUCGUCCGAUAUCUCAUGAGAUCUAGAGAAAUAAGUGUAGGACGUUCUACAAAAGAUCAUACUGUCGAUGUGGAUCUUAGUUUGGAAGGUCCAGCAUGGAAAGUUUCGCGUCGACAAGGUACUAUCCGUUUAAGGAAUAAUGGAGACUUCUUUCUGUCAUCCGAAGGAAAGCGACCGAUUUUUGUGGACAGCAGACCAAUUUUGGCUGGCAAUAAAAUGAAAUUAAAUAACAAUAGUGUAAUUGAGAUUGCAGGAUUGAGAUUCAUAUUUUUAAUCAAUCAAGAACUCAUCUCUGUGAUACGGCAAGAAGCUGUCAAAUUGAAUUUAAACCCUUGAAGUAUAUUGAAAACAAUGUGGGACAAUAAUCAAGUGUCGUGGUUUAUAAUAACUACAUGCUUAAAUGCUUUUCUUAUACAUAUAAUCUACUUUUUACCUUUGAGAAUAGAAAAUAUAGUUUGUGGUGUAUAGAUGUUUACCGGCAUAAUAAUAUCUUUUUUAAUUAACUUGUCUGUUAAUUUGAUUAAUCUUUAAACCAUACUUUUUUAUGAGAAAGUUUGAUAAUUUUCCUUUUAAAGCUUAUUAAUCAACUUCAACAAUAGAUUAUGUUUACUUCACAUUGUAUUUUAAAAAUAUAGUAAUUUAGACACACACACACACACACACACAUUCUCUUUGAAUAGGCAAUAAAUUCUAUUUUUGUGCAAAUAAUGAUCUGAAAUAUACUCAUGUUCUCUCAGUGCUAGUGACUUAGGCUGCAAGUAUUUUUGUCUAAUUAAAAAAAAAACGAGCAAUAAAAUGCGUUACUGUACAUAAACUUUUAAUAUAGAAACUGUAAAUUAUUACAUACAUAACUGUGUAUUCCUGUAAUAAAUAAUUAUGAAAAAUUA